AUGGAUCCGACGACACGCAGAAUUGUCCAGGUUCAGGAGUGGGCACCAGUACAAGAAGCACUUUUUCGAGGGGCAUCUUCGACGAUCGCUACGCAGCCGACAUCCCAAGACGCGCAAAGCAACUCGCAUCCGCCCCAGUCGCGAUUCCGAAGUAUGAGUGUUUCGCUCCCAUGGCUGCACCACCCAAAGCCGUCGCCGCUCGAUAGCAAUGUCAAUACCGCCUUUCAAAAUCUGUCUCUGGAGAAGAGGCAGAGUCACGGCGUCGGCUGGCUGGCGGUACCCGAACCCCAAAACGGCCCUGCCUCGUCCAAGCAGCCCUCGAACGGUAACUUCAAGCGCAUGUUGCGCCGCGCCUCGGUUUCGCUCAAAACAGGGGUCAAGGGGUUUGUUCACAGACGGACUUCCGUCCCAGCGUCGACAACCUUUGACAGCGACGGCUUGCCGUCAAGGCCCCUAUUCUCAGGAGCUGCCCAUGGCUCAAUGCGACCUACGACUUCCCACACGACCUGGCAUCGCCUCCGACAAGCUGCCAGCUUCCAUCGACACUCGCGCAUGCUCCACACGGAAUACGAUGGGUCGGCAUUCGGCGACAUCGGCCCACUCGAGUCCCCCACAUUCCCGGUGCCCGGCUCCGGCGAGCAGCCGCCCAUAAUCCCGCGAAACACGGGCGCCGCAGCGAGGCACGCGGCCGCGAUUGCGUGCAAUGGACUACAAGGCUACGAGCUGAUGGACAUACCCCGUCCCGGGUGGCUUGCGGAAGACGGGCUCGGUGACCACGAGAGCGGCAUCGGAAUUGCCUUGACCAGCUCCGAGAUGGAGGCAUAUGUCCCCGGUGACGAGGUUGAUUCAGACGUGGAAGUGGAUGUCAAGUUGAGCCGCGAUGAGACAGACAUUUCCAAAGUGGACUUCAUCUCUCGCUUGCCAGUGGAAUUGGCCAUCCAAGUGCUAGCCCUGCUUGAUGCUGCCACUCUAAACACCGCUAGCAGAGUCAGCACAAACUGGUACCGCGUGAUCAGGAACCAGCACAUCUGGCGCGAGUCCUUUCUGCGCGAGAAAACGACAACGUAUGCCACCAGCGGUAAUGUUAAGCCGGGUGCUGGCCUGGGCGUGCCACCUGUCCGGCCAACAAAUGACUGGAAGGAGAUAUACCGCGUAAAGGUAGAGCUGGACAAGCGCUGGAAGGAGGGCAAGGCGCAGCCCGUCUACCUGAAUGGGCACACGGAUAGUAUCUACUGCUUGCAGUUUGACGAGUCCAAGAUAAUCACCGGCUCGCGCGACAGGACUAUCCGCGUCUGGGACAUGCAGACAUUUGCCUGCAAGCUGAUCAUCGGCCCUCCCGAGGUGGUCAACGAUUCCUCCUACUCACUUCUCUACGACGAUGAGGGCACCCCAAAACACUACGCCACCCUGCCAGACCUCGACCCUGCCGCAGACGGCCAGCCCCGGAGCCCUGUCCGCGCGUACCACUCUAUCCCCGCCCUCUAUUCCCCCCCAACCCACCACAAAGCCUCUAUCCUCUGCUUGCAAUACGACGACCGCAUCCUGGUAACCGGCUCUUCCGACUCGACCUGUAUAGUGUACAACCUUGCGUCGGGCUACCGGCCAAUCCGACGCCUACGCCACCACUCGGCGGCGGUGCUCGACCUGGUGUUUGACGAGAAGCACAUCGUGACCUGCUCCAAGGACGUGUCCAUCUGCGUGUGGGAUCGCAACACAGGCCAGCUCCUGCGGCAGCUGCGCGGGCAUUCAGGUCCCGUCAACGCGGUGCAGAUGCGGGGGAACACGAUUGUGUCCUGCAGCGGCGAUUUUCGGGUGAAGCUCUGGAAUAUCGACACGGGGAAGAAUAUCCGUGAGUUUCUGGGGCACAGCAAGGGGCUGGCGUGCAGCCAGUUCUCGGAGGACGGCCGGUACAUUGCUUCCGCGGGGAAUGAUAAGGUCAUUCGCAUCUGGGAUGCAAAUACCGGCGAGUGUGUGAGGGAGAUGAAGGCGCAUGAGAACCUUGUGCGCAGCCUGCACGUGGAUAGUAUCAGCGGCAGGCUGGUCAGUGGUUCUUACGACUCGGACAUUAAGGUUUGGGAUAUGGAGACGGGCCAGCCGCUUUUGGAUUUCCCCAAGUGGCACUCGAGUUGGGUGCUGAGUGCCAAGAGUGAUUAUAGAAGGAUUGUGAGCUCGGGGCAGGAUCCGAAGAUUUUGAUUCUGGAUUUUGGUGCGGGCGUGAAGGGGAUUGAGAUGCUUGAGAGCUGUUCGCCGUCGCCGGCUUCAAGCUUGAGGGGGGGUGAGCAGGUACAGGGGCAGGGGGGGUAUAUCUGA